UUAUUCAGGGAGCCCUGGAAAAAAACGUGCAAUCAUGGCGGAAGGUGCAGAGCAGAAAAACGAAGUGGAGGCUCAAGUGGAAAUGGCAGAGAAUGACGAGGGUAAGGAAGAACGUCUUGAACUCCAACCGGAGCAGGAGACAAUGCGCAGUGUAGUACUAACUGGAUAUGGAGGCAUCCACAAGUUACAAGUGCAAAAAUACGCGAAACCUAAACCGAUGAAUGGACAAGUUGUAGUUCGAGUGCAUGCUUGUGGCCUCAAUUUUGCGGACAUAGCACAACGCCAAGGACUUUAUCCCAGUCCACGAAAACCUCCAUUCAUUCCUGGUUUGGAAUGUUCUGGAACUGUAGAGGAGCUUGGUGAAGGUGUCACAGGAUUAGAGGUUGGUUCACGUGUAACUUGCUUGACUACAGAUGGUGCCUGGUCAGAGUAUACCUGUGUUCCGGCCAGCACAUGCUUUGUUAUUCCAGAGAGCAUGAGUUUUGAGGAUGCAGCUGCAAUUCCUAUCACAUACCUCACUGCGUAUUUAAUGCUUUUUCACUGUUCUAAUCUGGGUGCAAGGAAAAGUGUCCUGAUUCACAUGGCAGCUGGUGGAGUGGUAAGAAAAAGACUGCUGUAUACAAUAAUAAUUAUUAUGGUAAUGUGUUUUUUCAGGGUUUGUCCAGAAGGAGUAGACAUUGUGCUUGAUCCCCUUGGAGGUGCUGACACAAAGAAGGGAUACAGUCUGUUAAAACCCUUGGGAAGUCUUGUUUGCUUUGGAAUGGCUAAUGCUGUUUCUGAAUCAAAGAGUGUCUUUAAUUUAGCCAGAAAUUGGUUUCAAGGUGCGACAUUCAGCCCUGUUCAGCUAAUGAAGGAAAACAAAACUGUGUGUGGAUUCAUGCUCAGGGAGUUGAUUGACAACCAUGAGUUACUUCAUGAAGCAAUGAAACAUUUGUUUCAGUUUUACAGUGAAGGGAAGAUCAAACCUGUCAUUGAUCAGGUGUUUGCUUUGGAAGAGGUUGGAAAGGCCAUGCAGCGCAUUCACGAACGUAAGAAUGUUGGUAAAAUAAUUUUAUCACCCAUGAAGGAACCUGAACCUGAACCUGAGCCUGAACCUGAGCCUGUUGCUGCACCACCAGCGGAACUUUCGGUCACAAAGGAAGAGGAAGCGAAAACAGAAGAGAAGGAAGUAGAAGAAAAAACAGAAGGAGAAAAAGAGGAAACUAAAGCUGACGAGGAGAAGAAGGAAGAGGCUGCAGCCUAGUGACUGGUUGAAUAAUUCUCUGACACUUGCUUGGUAGUGAGCAUUUAGUGGACAUAUGAUGUUUGUAAGCAAGCCUGGUAAAAUCAUGGUAAAACGUCAACAUUUACUACCCCCUGAAUCGCUUUUGAGGGACUAGUGAAUUGGUACAAGAAUUUAAUACAUGUAGACUUUGCUUUGCAAGUUGACAAAUGAUUGAUGUAGUACAAAGGUCUUUCAAACUGAAGAUAUCUGCUACUUUUUACUCCGGAAAGUUGGUAAAUUAGUUAUUUAGGUUAAGUUCUAUAGUUAGGUUGGUUUCUUUACAUAGUACAGUCUUAGGAUGACAAACAAAACUCUUUUAGGCUCUGAUACUACUGAUAGCAUUCGGAAGUUGCUCUGUAUGGGCUGUCAUAGACAAUCAGGGCUGAGCUUUAAGCGCGGGAAAGUGGCCUCUCUUUUUCAGUUGACUGGUUGUGUUAAAGUCACCUUUCUUCUGAUUGGCUAGUUUUUGAACAACCAGGCACUAGACGUUUUUCCGCGUGAAUAAAAAGCCAUCUUUAUUCGCGCACUCCAUUCGUUUCCCUUGGCACAGACGUCGGAGAAUUCGCGCCAAAAAAAUACGAUGUUGAUGACGUAGUAAUACAAAGGCUCGCUUCCAUGUUCGUGUGUGAGGAGCAGCGAUUCAGAGACACCGCACGUAUCACUUGUGUGAAUUUUUUUGGGCCGAAUUUCAAACAAAUCUUUCGCAGGGUUUGAAUCGAGUGCGUGAUCUGUGAAGAUGGAUGUUUCUUCAGUUAUGAUAACAAAAAGUCAAGUUCUGGCUCUCUCUCUGUCACACAACGCUAGGGAGAGAGAGAUUCCCUUCCUAGAGUGCAGCGUUGCGUGGCAGAGAGAGUCAGAACUGGACUAGAUAACUAGUGGUUUUGGUAGGUUUUAGUUUAUGGCAGUCAGCCUCCCCUUCGGUUAAUAUAUCGCGCGGCAAAAGUGUCUCGCGCGUGCGAAGAACAGAGACUGGUCACAAGCCAUUAAUUGACGAUGUGCUUCAGUCCUAAAGACUGACAACAAGAGAUUUAGAGAGUUUUCGUUUAGAUUUUUAAAAUUUCGUGGAAAUGAAGAGCUAGCGAAGAGGGAAAUAUUAAGUUUGCUAGGUAGCCGAGCUGUUACACACUCUCUUAUGGUGGUUACAGCUUUGAACCGACUAAUUAUUCAUAUUGAACUGAGAUAAAAGUUAAAUUCCAAGUUAGAGGUUGAUCAAGGUUUGGGAUAACUGGACUUGUAUCAGGCUUCUUUGCUUGUGAGGUGAUGAAAGUUGACAAAUUACAGAGUUAAAUUUAAAAUGGGACAUAAUAUAGUACCAAGUUUCUGUUGUUGUGAUAUUAAGUUCGGCAAACGCAAAACCAAGGUAAGAUACCGAAGUAAAAUGUCUCGGUCUUUGAUAAAGGAACCAGUAAAUUAUUAGUUACAGAAAAGUGUUAGGAAUUGGUUAACAGAUUACGAGCACUCCUUGUUUUUGACAGUGCGUUAGGUGAGAGAAUAUAGAAAAAUAAAAACAAAAAAACGGCCGAACAAAAAUGACCGCACGACAAAGGAAAAAGAAGGACCCUAUAUCCAAACUGGUUGAAGAUUAAAACUUUCAGAAACGAUUAAUACGCGCCUUUAAGAAAACGCCGCGAGAUGAAGUUUGGACAAACCCUCCAACUCUUUCGAACUCUAUGUCUAUGUUGCAGCUUGUAUGAAAUCAAGGCUACAGUUUAGUUUUUCAGUUGGAGAACUGAGAACUGAAGGUAAACGAAGAGUUCGCUUUGUGUGCUCGGUUAAUGGAAGACAGACUGGUCAAUAAAAUUCGUUGGGGGUUUUGCGAUACCGAACUAUUUCAUAAGUUUUUUUUGCUUAAUAAUAAAACUUUUUGCAGACUUGUGCUGUUACGUAAAUUAAGAUAUAUAAUGAGAUAUAUUUUUGUCGUUUAAUUGAGAAGGCGUCGCUAAUAUAAGUGUUUGUUUUCACCAACAACAGUUGAUUUAUAUCAAAAACUAUAAUUAUUACAUGAUAACUAUUAAAUAUGAUUUCUCUUUAUGAGAUUCGAAUAACAAAGGAAGGAUUAAACAAUAAAGAUUUGAAUGAUAGA